AUGGAAUCUGAUGCCUCGAUCCUUCUAAAGGAUGCUGAGCCGAGCCCUGCUCACUGCGUCUCGCAGUUCGACACUGGCGGUUCGUGGGUUGGCCGCCACAGCUGCCCCGAGCCGGUUAUUGAGGGUGUCCACAAACUGAAGGAGCUUUUCCUGUCUGAGGUCCACUGGUCUCGAUCCGAAUCGUUGGAGUCGGCUGUGGAAGCUAUUCGCCGAAACAACAAUGUUGCCCUGAAGGGAGCGAUCCAGGAGGCUACUAUGCUUCACACUGAGGGUGACAUCCAGGGCUUGAACAUGCGCCUCCGAAAGAAGCUGGAUCUUUUUGCCAAUGUCUGCCACAUUAAGACGAUUCCCGGUAUCAAGACCCGCCACGGCAAAGAUCUCGACUUUGUGAUCAUCCGCGAACAGACCGAAGGGGAAUACAGCGCCCUUGAGCACGAACUUGUCCCUGGCGUCAUUGAGUGCCUCAAAAUCUCCACCCGACCGAAAAUCGAACGAAUCGCCAAGUUUGCAUUUGACUACGCCACAAAGCACGGCAGGAAGAAGGUUACCGCCGUCCACAAGGCCAACAUCAUGAAACUGGGAGACGGAUUGUUCCUCAGGAUUUGCAAUGAGGUCGCGAAGUUUACCCGCGCAUCGACAAACCCGAACAGUUUGACCGAUGGUGAUGCCGAACCUUUAUGGAAACAUCAUGCGAUAACCUGGCAGCUGGACUUGUCGGAGGGUGCUGGUGUUGUCCCAGCCGAGUCGGUCGGUUCUGAUUAUGUGAUCUUCGAGCCUGGAAGCCGGCACUCCUUCCAAGCGGCUUUCGGACGGCAAAUUGCCAACCCGACUGCUAUGAUCCUAUGCUUUGCCAAUAUGCUCAAACACCUCCAUCUCGAUAUUUACGGUAGGAGAUGCAUUGACGGGAAAUCCGUCCUCGACGUCAUCAAGGAGGGCAAAGUUCGCACACAAGACCUCGGAGGCUAUGCCAAGACCAUGGAAUUCGCCGACGCCGUCAUCACCAAGUUCAAGAUC